AUUCCUCCUUCUUUCCGUUUCGGUGUGUGCCAUCGUAGAACUGAAGAUUCAGUUCGGGAUUUUUGCGCUUCGUCCUCAAUUUGCAGCGCGUGAGUGAGGGAACAUGGACGGUGCCGAAUUGUCCAACAUAAAGAAAUGGAUUGUGAUGUAUCCUGUUUACAUAAACUCCAAAAAAACGAUGGCCGAAGGAAGACGCAUUGGCCUCGCCAAAGCCUGCGAAAACCCUACUUGCGCUGAAAUCGGUGAUUGCUGCAGCUAUCUGAAGCUUCCUUUUGCAAUUGAGAUAGACAAGGCGUACCCUCGUGAUUUCAUGCAGAGAGGGCGCGUGAGGGUGUUGCUGAAGAAGGAGGAUGGAACUCUCUUUAAUUCAACCAUCUCAUCCAGAAAGCAACUAAUGGUAAAGGUUGCAGAGAUGGUACCUAGGCAUCAUGGAAGGACCAAGAAGCAGGAGACUUCAUCAACAUCAACUGCUGGACCUUCCACCAAAUCUGGGAAGGGUGGAAAAAAGAGGAGAUAAUUAUGUGUUUGAACAUUGUCUUACAUGUUGACUUCAAGUGUCAUGCUGGAUAUAUUAUUUAUUAUAAUUACAAUAGGACUAAUGACUACAACUGAGUUAAAAUUUUCCCACCCCCAAUGUGUGUUUUGUUUACUUUAGCAGUGUAAACAGUCUUGCACAUGAGUUUCUACAUUAUGCUUACUGGACAUUUUUUUUUCAUGGUUUUUUUGUUUUUGGGGGAGGGUGGGAGACCUUCUUGAAGUUGCAAGGGGUGGGUUGAGUUAAAUGUAUUUGUUUUGAUUUGAUCUGAAAUUUGAUGUCAUUUAUGUAUUUGAAUAUGAAUCUGAUCCAUUAAUAUA